AUGCCACCAACCUGCUGUUACGAGGCUCCCGCCUGCGCAACACGGAGUUUGUAUUCGGCUGUGCAGUGUACACUGGGAAGGAAACCAAACUGGCUUUGAACUCCACACUUACGAUCAAUAAAUUCUCCACUAUUGAAAAGUCAGUGAAACAGAUUUUUGCUGUUUUUCGUUAUUCUCCUGAUGGUUGAAGUUUUGAGCAGUGUGUUUCUCACGUUUUGUUUUGAACGCCGUUUUGGAACACCUGACAAGUGGUAUCUUGGUCCGAUGGAACGAGUAACAGUUAAAGAUGUUUUGAACGAUAUUUUCGUCUACUUUGUCCUAUAUUACUACAUUAUUCCAAUCUCUUUGUAUGUCACAAUAGAGUUGCAAAGAUUCCUUGGUACGUUCUUCUUUGAAUGGGACUUGGACAUGUUUUGUAAUGAACAGUCUGCAAUAUGUAAUACUUCUGAUCUCAAUGAGGAACUUGGACAGGUGCAGUAUUUGUUUUCGGACAAAACGGGCACAUUGACGGAGAAUGACAUGAAGUUCCGGCGAUGCUCUAUUGAAGGCAGUAUGUUCGUGGAAACCAAGGGGGAACUGAUGCUUCUACCUCCUAGUGGUGUCCUGCCGACUCAGCUGCCUAUCAGUUACUGGCCACCAGAAGUGGAGCAGUUUCUCCUGGCCAUGGCUCUGUGUCACUGUGUGCAGACGAGAGGGGAGAUGAGUGGCCAGGGGAUACCCCAUGACACCAGGAAGGUGCCGGAAUACCAGGCCUCCAGUCCUGACGAGAAGGCUCUGGUCUUGGCUGCUUCCAGGUGUGGUGUGGUGUUUCUUGGAACAGAAGGAGGUUAUGCAUCCGUCUCUGUUCGAGGACAAAUAAAGAAAUUCAAGAAACUACAAACACUGGAAUUUAGUUCAGAUCGCAAGAGGAUGUCUGUGGUGGUGUCAGAUUCUGAUGACCAAGUGUGGCUAUUCUGUAAGGGGGCAGAAUCCUCUAUGAUGCCUCUUAUGGUCUCCGGUCAUCGGGAAGAAACCAUAAGACACUACACAGACUUCUCUCUGAGAGGUCUGCGCACGCUGGUGUUGGGACUGCGUAAGAUGGAUACUGGCGAGUACCUGAGGCUGGCCCGAGCUUUGAGGGUGGCACGCAGCACUAUAGAUGUUACCGCUCGGGAGGCCAGGCUGUCUGAAGUCUUCAAUGAUUUUGAGACGGCUCUACAUCUCCAGGGUGCCACUGCUGUGGAAGACAGACUCCAAGAGAGAGUUCCAGAGACACUAGAGCUCCUCAGAUCUGCUGGAAUUAAGGUGUGGGUUCUGACAGGGGACAAGGUGGAGACGGCUCUCAACAUUGCCUACUCCUGUGGCCACUUCAAACAGGGAACCCGCAGACUGGACUUGUACGAUCUGACCAGUGAGACCGAAUGUCUUAACACUCUACAGGAGUUCAGAUGCCAAAUGGAGGAGGAGAGCCUGGCACAAUAUGGACUGGUGGUGGAUGGCACAGCUGUGCGACUAGCACUGUUGCACGACCAGGGCUUACUGUGUCAAAUUGCUUGCAAUUGUACAACAGUUCUCUGCUGUCGGCUCUCACCCAAGCAGAAGGCUGAGAUUGUGAGUCUAGUGAAGAGAACCAAAGGUCGACCUAUAGUGGCAGCAGUGGGUGAUGGAGCAAAUGAUGUCUCCAUGAUACAGGAGGCAAACAUUGGUCUGGGUAUUAUGGGCAAGGAAGGACGUCAGGCAGUUCGCUGCUCGGACUUCGGAUUUGCCAAGUUCCACUGUUUGGCCCGUGCACUUCUCGUGCAUGGACAUUGGUUUUAUCUCCGCGGUGCCACUUUGGUGCAAUACUUCUUCUACAAGAACAUUGUCUUCAUCACACCACAGGUGUACUUUUCUUUGCUGAACGGUGAGUCUCCGCAGCCCAUCUACCUGAGUGUGUACCUCAUGCUGUACAACACGAUAUUCUCAGCAUCACCGAUCGUCAUGUACGCUUUGUUUGAGCAGAACUACACUGACUCUGUGCUGCUCUCCAGGCCAGAACUGUACAAACUCCACCGUAACAACAGCCUCAUGUCCUGGAGUCAGUUCUUCCAGUGGAUGGCUGUUGGUUUAUGGCACUCACUAGUGGUAUAUUUUGUUCCUGUUCUCACCCUGGGUGUGAACUCUGUGUUUCUGAGUAACAGCACUCCCAUGGAUACUGCAGCCUUUGGAGUGACUGUACUCCACAACAUCAUCAUCGUAGUCAACCUGAAGCUUGCAAUCCACAGUUCCUACUGGACUCAACUCUUCGUCAUCAGUGAAAUAGUCUCAAUCUUUUCUUUCAUCAUUUUUAGCUAUGUCUACAACAAGAUUUUCAUAGUAACAACACGACAGUCGCUGUACUAUGUGUACUCCCUGUUGAUAGUGUCCCCCAACUUCUGGCUUCUCUCCCUCCUGUCAGUGGUCAUCAGUUUCCUGCCAGACAUCAUCCUCAAGGUUCUCCAGAAUCAGAGGUUCCGAAGAUUACAGUUACCAUCAUGGCUGCCAACUCGUAGAAAAGGUGUUUUCGUGCUGCCAACCCUCAGGGGUGCCAAACCUUGACAACACACACUUUGACAAUUGUUUGUGAUUUGUACCUUUUGUGUUCUGUACAGAUUAGCAUUAAACUAUUUAUAUGUUAAAAUGUC